ACUCAAAGGAGUUUUCGGCUUUUGAGCCGCCAUGCGCCCCCUGGAGCAGGACUAGUGUAUCUGUCACCUGAACAAUUUAACUAGUAGCGUCGAUGUGUUGACACACCUUAACUUUACUGUCACUCCAGCUGGACGGGAAACCGAGUCGGACACUGACAGCUUUGCCAACUACAUGAUAAACCUGCUUAUUUGCAGCAGGAGUCCCAUCUGAGGAUCGUCUCAAUGUCCGUCUCAGUCGCCUCUCUGUGCCGUCUGCUUCGAUGCAGCCUGUCCUCGGUGGGCCGGAGCGCCAGCUGCAGCGUCCGGUGGAACAGCACUCGUCUGGACGCGGACGGAAGCGGACGUCCAGCCACGUGGGACUCCUUCGGGAUCUGGGAUAACCGGAUAGAGGAGCCCAUCCUGCUGCCGCCCAGCAUCCGCUACGGGACCCCCAUCCCACAAAUCAGCCUUUCCAAGGUGGGCUGCGCCUCCCACAUCGGCCGCCGGCGCGACAACGAGGACCGCUUCCAAGUGAGCAAACUCACACAUAACGUACUCUUCUUUGCCCUGUUCGACGGGCACGGAGGACCACAGGCCGCAGACUUCUGUCACAAACACAUGGAGCAGCACAUCCGGGAUUGUUUGGAGGUGGAAACAGAUUUACAAGCAGUUUUGUCUAAAGCGUUCCUGCAAGUGGAUGCAGUUUUGGCUGCGGAGCUGCAGAUGUACGGCAACGCUUCCCUCAUGAUGGUGGGCACGACGGCGACGGUGGCGCUGUUACGAGACGGGAUCGAGCUGGUCGUCGGCAGCGUCGGAGACAGUCGAGCUCUGCUGUGCAGGAAGGGAAAAGUGCGCAAGCUCACCGACGACCACACGCCAGAGAGGAAAGACGAGAAACACAGAAUUCGUCAGAGUGGUGGGUUCGUGACCUGGAACAGCGUCGGUCAGGCAAACGUUAACGGCCGGUUGGCAAUGACUCGCAGUAUCGGAGACUUCGACCUGAAGAAGAGUGGCGUGAUCGCAGAACCAGAGACCACUCGAACUCUAUUGCAGCACGCUCACGACUCUUUCCUGGUUCUCACCACCGACGGCAUCAACUUCAUCAUGACCAACCAGGAGAUCUGUGACGUGAUCAACCAGUGCCACGACCCCACCGAGGCGGCAAACGUCAUUGCUGAGCAGGCUCUGCAGUACGGCUCGGAGGACAACAGCACAAUCAUUGUCGUCCCGUUUGGAGCCUGGGGAAAACACCAGAACGCCAAAUACACGUACGACAUGAGCCGAAACUUCGCCUCCAUCGGCCGCUGGUCCUAACAGCGGUCAAAAGAUCAUCUCAACAUGAGAAAAACACUCCCAAUUAACAACCACACCAUCAUUGUAAACAAAAGUCCACCGUACGAACUCCAGUCUGAAGAUCAUGAAAACAACUGUUCUUCUGCAACUUUACAUCCUUAUAGAGAGUAAAGGUGGUGGAUUAUUAUUUAAUGUUAGGGAACACUCAUUGCGUUAAAUAAUUACGUCAUUCUUUCACGAAACAUCAGAAGAAUGGAAUCUGUGUAAAUUAUGUCAACAUUGAAUAAGACCCAUCAAAGAAAAGUGAAGCCCUAUGAAACAGAUCAAUGAUUAUAUCAGAUUCAUUAAUUUUCUUUCCAAUAAAAAUCUAGAGCAAAUGGGUCUAUAUAUUUGUAUCUAUGGGUCUUUAUAACAUUUAUUUAUUGGCUGAAACUGUAUAUAUUAGUAGCUAGUAUUGAAUAUAAAAGUAACUUGUGAAAUAUACCAACCCAUACCGUUGCACACCCAUUAUAAAUAGUUAAUAUAUCAUAAUAGUAAUUAUUAUUAUUAUAAUUAUAUUAAAUAUUAAUAGCUUUUUUAUUGAUGUAUUUUAAACAAUUGACUGGUUUUAUCCAACUAAUUGUUCAUUUACAUGACAACUGAUUACGUUCUAAAAAUGUAAAAGCUUUUCAUUUGCGUUUUUGAAAAGUUUCAUUUCGGAAAUGUUGUCGUAAUGAUCCUUAUUUACACGGACCAAAAACGCUGUAUUAUUCAUGCCAGGCCAGUAGAUGGCGAUGUAACAUUCUAAAAUACACACAUAAUGCACAUGACGUCACAAUUUUUGCAAAUUCGCAUUUUGUAAUUUAUUUGCACUUUAAAACCCAUUAUCAAGGUGCAUCACAUUUAACGUUGCUCAGCAAAAUUCUGCGGGUGAGUCGUUCCAAUAGGAAUCCACGCAGUCGAGUGUUUUGCGUGAAGGUGACAAGAUUUCUCUCAUGUUCAAGUUCUUUACGUGAAUUCACUACAAUUGCCAACAGAAAGCUACUUGACACAACUCAACACAACAGUGAAAUACGGACAACUUUAUCGCGUUUUGGUCGUUCAUUUGCAUGACGAUGGCGUUUUGGGGGUCUGAAAACGCACACUUUUUAAAACAGGUGUCAAAGUGCACGUUUUUGAAAACGAUACUGUUAUUGUCUCCAUGUAAACUUAAAAAAUGCAAAUUUGUGAAACCGGUGACAUCAUGCACAUGCAUAUUACAUAUUCAGUCUAUAGGCAUGCUUGCCAAUUAUAGUACAUACUUGAAGAAUGCAUAUGUGUUUCAUUACAAAGUGACAUUGCCAACUACUGGCCUGGCAUAAGACAGCGUUUUUAGUCGUUUUUGUGGAUUCGUGUGAACUGGGAUCACUUUGACAACGUUGUUGUCUGUACGCAAAAGUUUUCAGUUUUUAGUGCAAAUGUUGUCCUGUAAAUGUACCCUAAGUGUGAUUGCUUCAAAGUGUCAUGUUGACAUGCAUGUCGUAAUAACAACAGCAGCUCUCUGUAUAUACUUUAUAUGUGACCCUGGACCACAAAACCAGUCUUAAGUCGCUGGGGUAUAUUUGUAGCAAUAGCCAAAAAUACAUUGUAUGGGUCAAAAUUAUCAAUUUUUCUUUUAUGCCAAAAAUCAUUAGGAUAUUAAAUAAAGAUAAUGUUCCAUGAAGAUAUUUUGUAAAUUUCUUACCGUAAAUAUAUCAAAACUUAAUUUUUGAUUAGUAAUAUGCAUUGCUAAGAACUUCAUUUGGACAACUUUAAAAGCUAUUUUCUCAAUAUUUUGAUUUUUUUGCACCCUCAGAUUCCAGAUUUUCAAAUAGUUGUAUCUCAGCCAAAUAUUGUCCGAUCCUAACAAACCAUACAUCAAUGGAAAGCUUAUUUAUUCAGCUUUCAUUUCAGCUUUGAUGUAUGAAUCUCAGUUUCGAAAAAUUGACACUUAAGACUGGUUUCGUGGUCCAGAGUCACAUAUACUCUGUCAAUAUACAUGUCUAGAGGAACCACAGACAGAAUUCACCUGUUCAGAGUCUUCUGCAGUUCUCUACUUUUAUAAAUGUGUUUUGGUAAGAAAUGUUCGUAUUUAUUUCAUUGCUAAGCUGUGCUGUGAAAUCUGCUCUUGAUUGCAUGACUGGAAUCACAAAGUCAGUCUUGUGUUUUUGUCUGGUUGAGCUGGUGAUGUUAAAAUGUCAGUUAUCUGAGCACAACGGACAUUUUCAGUGCCUUAUUUCUUGGUCACAUGAUUUUAUUGACAAAUCAAGUCAAGUGGGAAAUACUAAAGACAUUUGGUUUUGCAUUGGUGUACAGUACUGGUUUAGAGAGAUUGGCUUGUAACUCUCUCAGUGUAGUAUUAAUAUCUUCUACACUGCUGAGGGUUUCACAUGUCAGUUAUGAAAUACGAGUGUGGAGAACUUCCUGUGAAAUAAAAACUGUGUUAUAAAACAUGGUGGAGCUACUUUCUAGCUGACAUUAGGUUUCUAGCUAACAUUGCUGACCUUGAUGAACUUUAAUAUAAUGCAUGUACAUGAAUCUUUACCUCUUUAGAACAAGUGCUGGACUCGUUUUAGCACACUAGACACUGGUUCUAAUUAUGAGCAAAAGCACUUAAAAAAUUUCUCUUCUGUAGCUUAGAACAAAUGUCCCAGAUGUUGCUUCAUAACGCACAUAAGCAUUGGAUGCUUUUUGGAUAAAAGCAUAAAUGUGGAUCUGGAAUUGGAGGCGAGUUAUGGCAUUCUGAUACAAGAUUACAAAGAUGAUCAUUUAUUUUCAUUAGAAUAACAAGCAAUGAUAAUUAAGACCAGAAAUGUGUGUUUAAGAAGUAAAGAAGACCAUUUGUAAUUUGAACGUGCCCGUCGUCCGGUGUCAUUCCCUUCCUGUUAUUAUAUCUUUACAAAAAAUAGUGCAUUAUUAAUUUGAUUAAUUGCCAUAAUUAUAAACACACCAGUUUGUAAAAUCCAUUUAAAAUCUUUAACCAGACUAGCAGAGACAGACUGGCACAGAGGAGAAACGUGUAGGCUAUUGCUGUAAUGUGAGCUUGUUAUGGUUCAACAGCGGCCCGCAGUAAUCAUGGUCCUUUAACUUUGGAGAGUAAGGUGAACUAUGGUUUGAUCUGUAGAUGGUAAACACAUCCCGCAUGUCUUGUGAGUUGGUCGGCUAAAAAUACAUGAGAACAGCAUGAGGCUCCUUUACUGAGAUUACAUUCAUGUAUGUUCUGCCAUUGUGCACUCAGACUUCAGCUGUCUACAAAAGCCUAGAUCUGAAUAUAAUGUCCAGUGUUUUGUGUUCAUCUACUUCUCCCAUUUGCUCUUUUUACACUAUCACAAGUACGAUCAGAUACAAGAAUCAUUUCUCAAAUAUUUAUUACAAUAUCCUGAUAAAUUUAACAUUCACUUCA